AUGGGAAAGGGUUUCAAAGUGUUGGUUUGUGGAAUGUGUUCAGUGGGAAAGACGGCCAUCUUGGAACAAGUUCUGUAUGGUAAUCACACUAUUGGCGAAGAGUACAGCAGAACUAUGGGAGAUGUAUAUGUCGCUGUGGUUGAAACAGAUCGAGGACUAAAAGAACAAUUACGUUUGUAUGACACCCAAGGACUGCAAGGAGAAGAUGAUUUCCCAAAACAUUAUUAUUGUAUGGCAGAUGGCUUUGUUCUAGUGUAUGCUGUAAAUAGUCUGGAAUCUUUUGAGAAAGUUAACUGGCUCAAAAAGGAGAUUGACAAGUUUAGAGAAAAGAAAGAGUGGCCAAUUAUUGUUUUGGGUAAUAAAACUGACCUUUUGGAGGAAAGACAAGUACAGAGUGAAGUUGCACAACAGUGGGCUAGGACUGAGACAGUGAAGUUAUGGGAAGUGACAGUAACGGAUAGAAGGACAAUGAUGGAGCCCUUUGUGGUGUUAGCAAGCAAACUUUACCAAUCACAGAACAAGUCGGUGUUUUCUUUCUACCGUCGGAGACACAAAUUCAAUAAGGAAGAUUACUGA